GAAAUAAAUUAUUAUCUAUCGCCGCCGUAGGGUGGUUCACGUAACUGCUGGUCGGUUACAGCUUCCUCCAAGUUCAUGCUUCCGAAAAACAAAUCACUAAUCCCUAACUGACAUGGAAAUGGUAACCGGACGAGAGGUUGUGGUUCGCCAUAUGGAUAAGCCAUGUUAUCAACUUUCAUCUCCGCCAGAAUAGAUAUGUAAAUCCUAUCCUAGCCCCCACCUUACCACGCCAAUGUAAAAUCUCGUCAUAGAGCCAUAUUACUGUUACAGGUACCUGUAGGUAAAUGCAGAAAUGUGUGUCUACUGACAGACAUGCCUGAAUUCUGAGAUUAGUCACAAAAGAGGCCCAUACAAAAAGUAGAUGGAGGCUGGCACUAGAGAACAUAAAGUCUUUGCAAUUCCACAGUUCUCCAAUUCCAAAAAUAGAGUUCACAUUAAAAUACAUCACUUAUGACAGUGAGUGCAAACCUCUCCUUUACGGGACAGUCUGUGCCUCCAUAUCGGCAAAAUUCACAGCGCAAUAAACUAAAAGAAAGUGUGAUCUAAAGACGACACCUUAGGAUUCAUUGGAAAAAAGAUAAACCGAAUUACAGAAGAAAAAAAAAAUUAUAACGUUCAAGCGUGCGCGUAACAUUCAAGUGUCUUAGCAAAAAACUCAAUUUCGAAUAUGUGAUGGCCGCGAUUGAUUUAGAUUAUUUUCGAGACAAGCAGGGCACGAUCUGCCAUCGUGCCAGACACCCACGUUUCAGAGAUAAAUAAGGUUUUUAUUUUAUUGAACCAAAUAUCGGGAUAUCUUGGAAAUCAGAGAAAUGUGCCCUACUAAAUUCAUGUAGUCACCGAGAAAAGAGAUAUAGCAUACCUACCCUUUGUUGAUGUCACCAACAUAAGUAGACAACUCAAUACAGACACAUAAAAUAAAGACUGCCAGGGCUAUCCAUCAAUCCCUGGCCUUGACAUUCCUAAUUUGUCUAAAUUAUACUCUGGAAAGCGCAAAACAAAUAUCCCGAAAUUACUGACUAACAAUUUCAAGUUGCAAAAAUGACAUUUUAUAUGAAAAAGGUCGAAUUCUAAAAUAUCCAAAUUCACAGUCACAAUGAAAUACUGUUAGUGAAUCGACUCUGCAAUAUUUCAUACGUUUUAAGUGACCUGAGAAAAUCUCAGAUAUUGUUUUUAUUUCAUACACGUUCAGUACGGCACAGUUCUCUGAUUCCAAGAAUAGCCCCCACAUUAAGAGACAUCAAUUAUAACAGUGAAUGCAACCCCCUCUUUUAUGAGACAAUCUGGGCCUUCAUAUCGGCACAAAAGAGCACACCGGCACCGCACAAUAAACUAAAAAGAAGUGCAAUCCUCAAAACAUCAUCAUUGGACACCCCGGAAAAAAAUAGUUCGAUUUAUCAAAGGAAAUAAAUUUUAUCAGAAUAUCACGCACGUUGCUAUUGAUUUAAAUUAUCAUUGAGACAAGCAUGACGUGAUCUGCCUGCCGUAGUGUCAAACACCCUCAUUCAGAUACAUAUAUUGUUAUUUUUAUUGAAUCAAAUGUCGGAACAUCUUGGAAUUUAAGCACUGUGUCCUACAUACAUUCAAUUUCACAAUAAAUUGAAUGGCGAAAAUCAGAACAUGUCCAGUAAAACAAGGUGUAUUGCAACCUUAAUUUUUACUAUUCAUUGAUUGGCAAUCAUGCAUCCUAAAUAAAAUGGUGCAUAUUUAAUAGUUCUAACCUUAUCUCUAAUUAACAAACCAUACUUUUGAUAUAGUAUUGGCAUUUGUAUAAUACAGUAACAUUAUUGCAAUGGACUUGAAAGAUUGUUUCUUACAAUUUCCUGAUGUGAAGCCUGUGGAUCAUGCUAAAAAUUGUCCAAGAUACACAAAUAUCGUUAAUCGGCAUAAAGAUGAUGGAGUAUCAUUGGAUGAAUUAGAUUCUUUACAAAUGGAGUUGGAACAACUACUUGCCGCUGCAUCACAAAGGAUGAGACAAUUGAACUCGGAGAUUGGCAUAUUGUCAGACCUACAAGACAAUAAAAAAGACAAAAAAGUUUCCAGAGGCAAAGAUACUGAGCAUAAGCGCUCUCGAAUAGUUGAAGAUCGUCCAGUCAAAAAGAUGAAAACAUCAGACUCAUCAUCUCAUAUUCAUGCUAUAAAACCCUUAUUUCAUUUGAAUAGUUCAACGUCAUCACCAAGUGGUGCUGGCAGGUCGAAGGCAAAAGGCUCUCGCAUUGAAACAGAAACAAAUGACGAAUUACCCGUUUUACAAAGGAAUGCUGAAGUUCCUAAUAAGUUUUGGCAAAUGGUUGAUACAUACUGUGGGCCCAUACCACAAGAAACAAUUUCGCUUUUAGAGAAAAUGGAAAAACCAAUUUCUGAGGAAUAUUUUGAAAUUCCCCCUCUUGGCAAACAUUUCAGUCAAGUUUGGGCAGAAGAAGAUUUGGCAAUGGAGGAAAAAGAAGGGGGUAGAAUUGGAAAAAAUAAUAGUAAUACUGAGUCAUCUAUUCAGAGGAUAAUGAAAAAAACAGCAGAAAAUUUGAAUGAUGCAGAACCAUGCCCAUAUGGGUCACUUACCCAGCGAUUGGUUUCUGCUUUCGUGCAAGAAAAUAUAAUAGCGCCACUGGAUUCUGGUCUUGCCAAUGAUGGAAAAGCAUUUGAAGCUCUUACGAACAAUGACCAAAAUGUUGCUUCCAAAAAUGGCAAGGCAUCUAGUUCUCCCCAUACCACAAAACUGGAGGCCCGAAUAAAGGCUGAACUAUAUGAACAAGGUCUUAUUGAUCAUUUUUCUGAAAAUGAUAAAGAUGAAGAUGAAGUUCUUUUGGAACUGAAACGAUGUCAACAAGAAUUGAGGGCAAUAGGUGAUAGAAAUAGGACAAUUGUUUCACAACUUUUGAAACUUUCCAGAGAUGAUAUGAAAAAACAAGAAUUGAGAAAAAAUAUUGAAAUAACAAACAUUGAAGUUACUGAACAUUACAGAAAGGUUUUUGCUGCUCGACAGAAAAAAAGAAAUUUGAUGAAAAAGGAAAAAGAAAGUGCAUUGAAAGCUAUAAAAGAACGAGAAAGUUUGGUCAAACAGUUAGAACAAUUGAACUGAUUUAUAUUCAACGCACAGUUACAGAUUAUAAGUUUGGUUUGAAUCUAAUUGGACUCGUGGUAAACAUACCCAUGCACACAACCUCUAUCGUGUAUGGGGAUGUUGAAAUAUCAAUACCGGUAAUUAGAAUUCAAUUAAUCUAAAUGGUCUAUUUUUACAAUAACGUGUUUCAUAUUUUAAACAAUCAUGACAUUUCCCUGACAAUGGUAAAUUUUUUGAGUAAUCUUAUAUGCAUUUUGUUUAUCAAAACUAAACAUACCAUGGUCAUUUUGAAUAGAUGCUGAGUAAUUUGGUUUGUCAAUUGUUCCUGCAAUAUCUUGUAUCACAACUUACGAGUUGUAGUUUAAAACCCUAAUUUGAAAAGACAUGAGAACUCAUUAAUAUGAUAUUAUGUGAUGUGAGUAUGUAUUAUUUUCUAUUACUGUUGUUUCUCUAUCU